GGUGGUGCGCUGCGCUCGCGGCGCGGGGGCAGCACUCGGCCAGCCCCGCUCGGGAGGGCGGGACGGAGCGGAGCGGAGCAGAGCGGAGCUGUCAGGGGCAGCCGGGAAGCGCGGAGCAGGAGAGGUGGGCACGAGCGAGGAGAGCGGCUCCACUCCAGCACCGCGCCGGGGCCAUGCCGCCAGCCAACUUCCCCACCGGAGCCAGUGUAUAAAGGAUACCCUAUAUGCACUCACGCAGGCACACACCUCUCCGCCAAGGCACACCUCCUCCUCCUCCUCCUCCUCCUCCCUCCUCAGCCAACUGCUGGAAUUAAAAAAAAAAAAAUCUUUUUUUUUUUUGUUUUUGCAAGAAAUUUCAACUUUAAAAAAAAAUUAAAAAAUCCGGCCUAAAAAGCGAGGAACCAUGACUCAUCCGGGCUGCGACUCCAGCGAGCAGGCUGCGACCGGACUCUGGUUUCACAGGGAACAAAGUGCUCCAGCGACAGCCCAACUUUGAGACAUGCAGCAGCAUCCUCCAGGCCAGCCCUCCUCCUGCCGCCAUCCGCAUCCCAGGAAGUUUUCUUAGGACACCAACCACCGCCGCCACCACCGCCACCACCAGCAACAAAAACUUGCCAAUAAAAGAAGGAACAAAAAAAAAAAACCAAACAAAACAAAAACCAAAACAAAACAAAACAGCAAACCCAGAGGAGAUCAAGGAGAGAGAGACACACACAGAGGAGGGGGGAACCCACACACACACACACACACACUCUCUCUCUCUCUCUCUCUCUCUCUCUCUCACACACACACACACACACACACACACACACACACACACAAAGCCUUAAAGGAGGAAGAAAAACAAGAAAAGUUUCACUCCGAGAGGGAGAAGCGAGGGCGAAAUGUGCUGCUGAGAGAUCGGAGGGCAGGCGGCGCAGGGGAGGGGGGGAUUUCUUUGCUUUUUUUUUUUUUUUUCGCUUUUUUUCCCCCCUUCUUUUUUUUUCCUCCCCUGCUUCAUCAUCACCACCCCCCUCUUCUCUAUUUAUUUCUUUUUUUUGCUUUCCCCCUCCCUUUCCCCCCACCCCUUCCUCCUCUUCCCCCCGGAGGACGGCACCCCCCUCCCUCCAGCAGAGCCCCAGCUCGAGCGGCGGCGGCGGGAGCAGCAGCGGCGGCGGCGGCGGCAGCGGCCCGUGCUCCCUCCCUCCCUCCCUCCUCCCUCGCCGCCGGGCAGGUGAGCAUGGCCACGGCGACGUCCAACCCCUACCUGGCCAGCAACAGCAUCCUGGCCGCCGGCUCCAUCGUGCACUCGGACUCGGGCGGCGGCGGCAUGCAGCCGGGCAGCGUGGCCGUCACGUCGGUGUCCGGCGCCUACCGGACCGACCCGUCCUCCGUGAAGAUGGUCCAGAGCGACUUCAUGCAGGGAGCCAUGGCGGCCAGCAACGGCGGCCAUAUGCUGAGCCAUGCCCACCAGUGGGUGACAGCCCUGCCCCACGCCGCCGCCGCCGCCGCCGCGGCCGCCGCCGCCGCCGUGGAAGCGGGCUCGCCCUGGUCCAGCAGCCCGGUAGGCAUGACGGGCAGCCCGCAGCAGCAGCCGCCGCCGCAGGGCCAGGGGCAGGCGCCGCCCGAGGUGAAGGGCGGCGCGGGCCGCGACGAGCUGCACUCGGGCACGGCGCUGCACCACCGGCCGCCGCACCUGGGCCCCCCGCACCAGGGGCACCCGGGGGCCUGGGGCGCCACCACGGCCGCCCACCUGCCGUCCAUGGGCGGCGGGCAGCAGCAGCAGUCGCUCAUUUACUCGCAGCCGGGGGGCUUCACGGUGAACGGCAUGCUGAGCCCCCCGCCCGGCGGCCAGAGCCUGGUGCACCCGGGGCUGGUGCGGGGGGACACGCCGGAGCUGGGCGAGCACCCGGGCCACCACCACCACCACCACCAGCACCAUCCGCACCACCAGCAGCAGCACCACGGCGGCGUCAACAGCCACGACCCGCACUCGGACGAGGACACGCCGACCUCGGACGACCUGGAGCAGUUCGCCAAGCAGUUCAAGCAGCGCCGGAUAAAGCUGGGCUUCACGCAGGCAGAUGUGGGCUUGGCCCUGGGCACCCUCUACGGGAACGUCUUCUCCCAGACCACCAUCUGCAGGUUUGAGGCUCUGCAGCUCAGCUUCAAGAACAUGUGCAAGCUCAAGCCUUUGUUGAACAAGUGGCUGGAGGAAGCCGACUCCUCCACGGGCAGCCCCACCAGCAUCGACAAGAUCGCGGCCCAGGGCAGGAAGAGGAAGAAGCGGACCUCCAUCGAGGUGAGUGUCAAAGGGGCCUUGGAGAGUCACUUUCUGAAAUGCCCCAAGCCCUCCGCCCAGGAGAUUACGAACCUAGCGGACAGCCUGCAGCUGGAGAAGGAGGUGGUCAGGGUUUGGUUUUGCAAUCGGAGGCAGAAAGAGAAAAGGAUGACCCCCCCGGGGAUCCAGCAGCAGGCGCCGGACGAUGUCUACUCGCAGGUCGGCAACGUGAACUCCGACACGCCGCCGCCCCACCACGGACUGCAGACCAGCGUGCAGUGAGGGGCGCCGCAGUAAGGGCCGGGGGCAGAGUCAGGGGCGAGAAGGGACGACCAGGGCAGGGGGGACCGGCAGCCACGACCACGCACGCACACACACACACACGACCCCAGACUUCUUUAGACUGCUUUUUUUUAUACACACACACAUACAUACAUAUAUAUAUAUAUAUAUGAAUAUAUAUAAAUAGAAAGCGCUUGAGACGGUCCCUCCGAGCGAUAGCUAGCAUUUCUCCUCUGCUGGGAUCUGGGGUGGAGAUGCAUCAUGCACCAAAGCUGCAGAUGUGUUGGGUUUUUUUCCCCCCUUCCUUAAUUUUUUUCGGGGGAGGGGGGAGAAGGGGGAGUGUGGUCCCCCCUACCCGCCUCUAAAUUAUCCCUUCCUGCAGCGAUCAACUAUCUCUGCACCUCUUCUGUCCCUCCUACACGCCCCCCCACUCCACUAGCCUAAGCCCCUCCGUGCCCCCCAAAAGGGCUCUCUUCAUAUGGAUCACGGAAACUUUCAUUUUUUUCUUUCCCUCACUUUUUUUUUUUUUCAAAUGGGAGCAAUCCGAAAAAAAAAAAAGGAAGCAGAAGCAAAAUAAUCUGGUUGAUCAGAGGGUGCCUGCUGCUUUCCAGUACCCUGUUUUUCUUGGCCAAACCACAUUAUUUCGGUGCAAAGCAGGCAUCCACUCUGGAAAUAUAUAUAUAUAUUUAUAUAUGUGUGUGUGUGCGUGUGUGUGUGUAUUCUGCAAAAUUAAAAGGGCCACUUUCUCCAGGAAAACAUAUAUAUAUAUAUAUAUAUAUAUAUAUAUAUAUAUAUAUAUAUGCACACAGCACUAAAAAAAAGCAGACUGUAUUGUAUAGGGGAGCAAAUAUAGAUAUAUAUAUACACACACACAUAUAUAUUUAGAACAAAAAUAUGGAAAGAAAUAACCGCAUACCGAAAGCUGACCCCGAGAAGAAAGGGGGGAGGGACAGACACCGGGAAAAAAAUAACUUGAGGAGAGGUUGUUGGUCCCUGAAGUUGGAGCUCUGUAGAAGGACUUCGUAUGAAUUAAGGGAAACAGCGAGAGAAAGGGAAAUAAUUUAGGGCUGUCAAAAGUCGUGCUCCUGACGGCUGCCAAUCACCAUGGAAGAUUCAUAAAAAAAAAUCCACUGCUAAUAUUUUUUUUAUUAAUAUUUUUAUUUUUUAUUUCUGGACUGAUUCAGAUAAAGGGAUUUAGAAGGACUGAGCAUCUGCAGCUGCACUUAUCUGAACUUCUCCUCUCCUAAAUCCGUUGCCAACUUUGAUUGAAUGGGUGCUGUGGAUGUGAUUAUAUAAUGCUGCCAUUUCCAAGCAGUGUUUUUGGUAGGUUUUAAUAAACAGACUUUUCAAAAAGACGGCAAUAUAGAAUUGUUAGAUCCGUUGUUGAUCUAAAAAAAUAUUUGCUUUAUAUUUUCAUUAAAUGACUUCUUUUAAUAUUUUAUUCAGAAUACCUAUGAACUGCUGCAAAACGGUAAUUUAUUUUUCCCCAGAUCUUGUAUUACGUGUUUUUUUCAGACGAGCACAAAUCAAAAUGAAAUGAAAUGAAAAUAUGGACAGUUGUUAGGUAAUAAGGGUAUCUUUUGAUGUGAUAAUUUGAUUGUAAUUUAAUUUGAGUAGUGAUUCCGUAAGAGCUGAUUGAGAAAAUAAAUUUGUUAGAAUGAAA